AUGCGCUAUUUUAUUUACUAUCCACCAAAGCGAUCUAUACGAUUAAUUGAUGUUAGUGAAAAUGUUCUUGUGGAAGAUGUUCUUACAUUGGUAAAACAAGAAUUUAAGCUUAAUACUCAAAAUAUUGGUACAGCUGAAACAUCGAUUGUUCUUAAUUAUAAUGGUUCUGAUCUUAAACCUAACUGGUCAUUAGUAGAUUUGAGUAUACCAUCGGGAUCCAUUAUACGUUGUUUAUAUCGCGAAGAAAAAGCAGCUGAUCUUUAUGUUUUUUGCAGUUAUAAUAAACAAAUAUUUAAAUUAUUUGAUUCAUCAAUCACAACAGAUACAAACAUUAGUACAGUACGAAAGAAAAUUUCCGAUAAAUUAGGUUUACCAUUAAGCGUAUAUUGCCUUGAAACGUAUCAUAAUAAACAACGUUUAUAUGAUGAAAUGAAAUUAGACAGUUAUGAUAUUAAAAUGCACGAUCAUAUUUAUUUAAAAGUCUGGCGAGGAUAUGAAAAACUUCUUAAUGCUUGCAUUAAAGGUUUUACGGAACAAUAUGCAAAUGAUGAUCUUACAAGACAUUAUCAAACACAAGUCGCAUUAUAUAUUGCAGCUUUUUAUGGUCAUAUGGAAUUAGCUAGUUUCUCUAUGCAACAAGGUGCUCGAAGUGAUCAACCCGUCGGUGAACAUCCAUCUCGUCAAUGGUCAUCGAAAGUAUCAAGUCAAGUUUUACCUGAACUACUUAAAUGUCCUAUACAUAUAGCUGUUGAACGAGGACAUGUUAAAAUUGUUGAUCUGUUCGUCAGACAAUCUAUUAUAUGUACACAAGUUCGAGAUCCAAUAUCAAAUCAUUUACCUUAUCAGUUGGCAUUAUCGUGUUCAUUAAAAACAAAAAAUAGAGAAGAACAACAAGCUUACCGAGUUAUCUAUUUUUAUUUACACGAUAAAGAGUUUAAUCUUCGAAUACCACUAAAUGCCAACGGCGAAUAUGUUUCAGAUCUACUUACUUCAACUAUUAGUGCCAAUGCAGUUCAUCGUCGAUUAUCAAAUUACGUCUAUGUUUCAUUACCAUUCUAUUGUAAGAUUAUCCGAUGGUAUGAGCGUGCUCGUGAAAAAGUUUGGAAAAAAUAUGGUGGACGUUUAUUAUAUAAUCCAUCACAAGCAAAACGUAUAUAUCCCACACAAGGUUUACUUGGCUAUAAAGUUUUAAUUGAUGGCUUUAAUAAUGCAUUCGAUGUACCAAUAGAACAACUUCGAAAUGUACGAUCAGGGGGCACUACAAAAUCCGACCGAGACAAUCAUUACAAUACUUUGGACGAUGAUGAACAGGAGAAAAUAAAUAAAAUGAAAAUGUUCAUUAAACAUUUUGCAUUAGAUGAUAGAAAACGUGCAAAACAAAAAGCUGCUGAAAAUCUCCAACAAUCGCGUCGUCCUCCAUUAUUAUUAUCAUCAUCACAGACGACAUUGAGCAAAAAUAGAAGCUUACCAAAAUCUUCAAAAACGAUUUCAUCGUCAUUCGAACUUUCAAAUAAUCAAAAACAAUCAAAGAAUAUAGAUUUAAAAGCAUCUCAACUAUUACGAGGAAAUAAAAAUCUAUCAGCACCAAAUGCAUUUACAAAGCCAUUAGAAGAUAACCGUAUAUUGAGUGAUCAAAUUCAACGUGUAAGAAAUCCGUCGGAUGAAGCAUCUACUACGUUAUCAUCACAAUCGUCGAAUCUCGACGGUGAAGAUCAGUACGCUAUACCUGUCAUUAUGUCACCAACGCUUAGUACACGAGUAUCUCAUUCAUCACUAACAAAUAAAUUAGAAGCAGUAGCGACUGCCAAUAUAAAAGAUUCUCAAGUUAUGAUGUCAUCUGCGGAUGCUUACACAUUUUCAUCAUCACGUAUUGCAUUAGAAAAAGAACAACGGAAAAUAGCAAAACGACAAGAAUUAUUUGCACAAAUCGAACAAACACAACAUCAUCAGUCGAAAGAAACAAAAAAACCAAUGUCAACUUCAGUUUCGAGUGAUCGAGAAGUCAUUGAUAUUGGUACAUAUAUUCCAUUACCUGAUCGUCCAAUAGUACAACGUUCAAAUGUAUUUAAAUCUCGUCGUGAUUGUGAACUUCGUCAAGCUACUGUUGAAUCCUAUGAACGUUACGCUAGUGCAAAAACACGAUCAACAGCUAUCCAUUGUUUACAAGAAGCUGGUUGUUUUAAAGGAAAAUCAUGGCUACGACAAGUUGAAAUUAGUAAAGAAAUGAUAAAACACACUGUUAAAAGACGUAUCCGUCGUGCCAACGAUGAAAUAAAUAAUAAACCUCUACUAUUGCCUCAUCAUAACAAUACUGCACCAACAUCGGUUACGUUACAUCGAUCGAAUACAGUUACAGUUAAUUGA